AUGGAUUUGGACAAGAGUGAGACUGCGGUAGCAGCGGAUUCCACAGACGGGCUUAUAACUAAUAAGAGAAAAGAGUCGAAAGAUUCCGAUGCCGCGGCGUCAACCGAGCGGGAGACGUGGGACAACAAGGUCCAGUACAUUCUCGCUGUGGUCGGCUUCGCCGUUGGGCUUGGUAAUGUUUGGAGGUUCCCAUACCUCGCACAGAAAAACGGCGGAGGCGCGUUCCUGAUCCCGUACACGCUUAUGUUGGCGAUCGAGGGUAUCCCGAUAUUUUACCUGGAGCUUGCGGUCGGUCAGCGCCUCCGGAAGGGAGCCAUCGGCGCCUGGAACGACAUUUCACCUUACCUUGGCGGUAUUGGUAUUGCCAGCGCCAUCGUGUCUUUCUGGGUCGCCUUCUACUACAACACGAUUAUCGGCUGGUGCCUGUAUUACCUGGUACAGAGCUUCCGGUCACCACUCCCCUGGGCCGCAUGCCCCACCACGCAGACCGGAAAUGUCACCGCACCCGUUAUGGAGUGCGAGCUUAGUUCACCCACGACAUAUUUCUGGUACCGGGAGACGCUGAACAUCUCGCCGGAAGUGGGGGUGGGCGGCCAGGUAAACUGGUGGAUUGUGGUAUCGGUUCUCGCGGCCUGGCUCGUUGUCUUCUUGUGCAUCUUUAAGGGCAUCACCACCAGCGGAAAGGUGGUUUACAUCACGGCGACGUUCCCUUACCUGGUGCUCGUGAUUUUCUUCUUCCGGGGCGUCACGCUUGAAGGCUUCCAUCAUGGCGUCGCUCGCUUCUUUACACCGGACUUCAGCCGCCUGGCGGACCCGCAGGUGUGGUUGGAGGCUGCUACCCAGAUCUUCUUCUCCCUAGGCCUGGCGUUCGGAGGCCUGAUCGCGUUCGCGAGCUACAUGCCCGUCCGAAACAACUGCUACAAGGACGCCGUGCUCGUCUCCGUCAUCAACUGCGGCACCUCCGUCUUUGCCGGCGUUGUCGUCUUCUCCAUUCUCGGUUUCAAGGCAACCCAAAGUUUUAAGGCUUGCGAGGCCGGGCGAGCGGCCGAGCUGGUGCGGCUGUUCAACACGACUGAAGCGCUGGUUCCGGCGGCCGGGUCGCUCGCCAAUUUUACGGUUUGGGACAACGACACUUCCGGUUGGUACACGGUCAUUGGCGAGAUGCCUGCACUUCCAGUCUGCAGCCUUGAACAGGAACUAGAAAAGUCUGCGUCGGGUACAGGUCUGGUGUUUAUCGCGUUCACAGAGGCCAUCAAUCAGUUCCCGGUCCCGCAGCUGUGGGCGGUGCUGUUCUUCCUCAUGCUGCUCACCCUGGGGCUCGACUCCAUGUUCGGAAUGGUGGAGAGUGUGGUCACCUCCCUUAUGGACCUCAACCUACCCGCCCGCAUCCCCGGCCUCACCAAGACACAUUUGUUCAUCGUGGUGUGCGGGUUCUCGGCGGUGCUAUCGCUGGCGUUCUGCCAUCAGGCGGGACCCUAUGUCUUCAUCCUGUUUGACGAGUACAGCGGAAACCUGCCCCUCCUUAUUGUCGCCCUCGCCCAGGUCAUCGCCAUCUCAUAUGUAUACGGCCUUAAGAGGUUCGGUGACGACAUCGAGCUGAUGACCGGAUCGAGGCCCAACUGGUACUGGCUGGCGUGCUGGAAGUAUGUGUCCCCACUCGCCAUGUCGCUCAUCUUGCUCGCAUCCCUGGCCAAGAUUGCCGCUUCCGGUGCCCCCUACCAAGCAUGGCACGCUGACAUCGGUGAAAACAUAAGUUUGGAGUGGCCCGGCUGGUGCAAGUUCUUCGCCGCCUUCCUCAUUCUCACCCCCACAAUCUGGGUGCCAGGGGUCGCUGUCGUGAAGUACUUCCGUCUGUAUAACUGGACACAAGCUGAACCCGCAUUUUUCCCGCGGGAGGAUCUGCUGAUGGAACUUACCGGAAACCAGGUUGGCACGAACAUUUCCGAGUGGGAGAGAAAGCUGUUCUAUUGGAUGCCUCGCUGUGGGCUGGCCAAUGAAAUGGACGAAGAGGACGGGACUUCCACGGUGACGUCAGACAGUGCGAGCGGCAGUGCAGACGACAAUGAUGCGGACGUCGUUGAAAAAGUCAACUUGGAAACAGAAGACACCCGCUGCUAG